CCGAGCCGCGCCGAGCCGAGCCGGGCCGCGCCGCGCCGCGGGGCAGGUAGCGCGGGGUCGGGCAUGGACGUGGCGGCUUGAGCCCGGGCCGAGCCGCCUGGUGCGAGGGGGCGGCGGGCUGGGGAUGGGCGGCCGGGCCGCGUGAGCCGAGCCGCCGCGGGGCCGUCGGGGCGGCAUGGAGCUGCGCUCCGAGAUGCCCAGCGUGCCGCCGGCGCCGCCGCCCGUGCCCCCCAGCUCCGUGGCCGCCGCGGCCGCCGCCGCCGCCGCCAGCCUGCCGGUGAGCGUGGCCGGGAGCCUGCUGCGGGCGCCGCCGCUGCUGCUGCGCGCCGCCGAGAAGUACCCGCGCACGCCCAAGUGCGCCCGCUGCCGCAACCACGGCGUCGUGUCGGCGCUGAAGGGCCACAAGCGCUACUGCCGCUGGAAGGACUGCAUGUGCGCCAAGUGCACGCUCAUCGCCGAGCGGCAGCGGGUCAUGGCCGCGCAGGUGGCGCUGCGCCGCCAGCAGGCGCAGGAGGAGAACGAGGCCCGCGAGCUGCAGCUGCUGUACGGCACGGCCGAGGGGCUGGCCCUGGCCGCCGCCAACGGCAUCAUCCCGCCCCGCCCGGCCUACGAGGUCUUCGGCUCCGUGUGCGGCGGCGGCGGCGGCGGCGAGGCGGGCGGGUCAGACGCGAAGCUGCAGAAGUUCGAGCUCUUCCCCAAGACGCUGGUGCCGGGCCGCGCCGCCAGCCCCCCGCCGCCGCCGCCGCCGCCGCCCUCCGCCGGCGCCAAGCCGCCUUCCCCCGACGGCGAGGCCGGGCCGGGCACGUCGUCGUCGUCGCCGGAGGCGCGGCCGGGCUCGGGCUCGGAGAACGGCGACGGCGAGUCCUUCCUGGGCUCGCCCGCCUCCAAGGGCGCCAAGGAGGGCGAGGAGAGCCCCGGCUGCGGCAGCCCGCUGGGCUCCGACUCGGGCUCCGAGGCCGACAAGGACGAGGCGGAGCCGUCGGGCUCGGCCGCCGCCCGGCACCGGACUCCCCUGGACAUCCUGACGCGCGUCUUCCCGGCGCAGCGGCGCGGCGUGCUGGAGCUGGUGCUGCAGGGCUGCGGCGGCGACGUGGUGCAGGCCAUCGAGCAGCUGCUCAACCACCGCGGCGCCGAGCGGGCGCCCGACGAGGCGUGGGCCGGCCGCGACGCCGCGCUGCCCGGCCUGGGCCCCGCGCCCGCCGCCGCCGCUGCCGCCGCCGCCGCCGCCGCCGCGCACCACCGCCCGCUCGUGGGCCCGGCCAUCGGCGCGCUGGGCAGCCGCUCCGCCUUCUCGCCGCUGCAGCCCAACGCCGCGCACUUCGGCGCCGAGGCGGGCGCCUACCCGCUGGGCGCGCCGCUGGGACUCAACCCGCUGCGCCUCGCCUACUCGGCGCACAGCCGCGGACUCGCCUUCAUGGCGCCCUACUCCACCGCCGGGCUCGUGCCCACGCUCGGCUUCCGCCCGCCCGUGGACUACGCCUUCAGCGACCUCAUGCGCGACCGCUCCGCCCUGCACAAGGAGCAGGUCUACGCCGGCGGCCUCUACGGGCCCAUGGUCAACAACACCCCCGAGAAGCAAUAGCCGCGGCCGCGCCGCGCCCACGGGCUCCGGGCGCCCGCGCUGCCGGGGGGGGGGGGGGGAAACCCUCGGGGCAUUGUGACGUGCGCGCGGGGCCCCCGACAGAACCUUGGUGCAUUGUGACGUGUGCGCGGGGCCCCCCGACAGAACCUUGGUGCAUUAUGACGUGUGCGCGGGCCCCCCGGUGCAUUGUGACGUGUGCUGCGGGCCACCCCCCGCCCGCCCCUCCCGCGCCCGUGUGUGUAUAUAGCGGUGUAUCCGAGUAGCGCGUGUCUCGUGUCCCGCCGCGGCCGUCUAAGUUAUUCCUGUAACGCGUAGGUGAGUCGGUGUUACCGCGGCUCGGGGCCGGCCGCUCUCGUUGUCACGCGGCUCGGGCCUCGACCUUCCCCGUGCUGUAAAUCGCAAGGCCGUUUCUUUUUCUUUUCUUCCCUCCCUUCCCCGGCCCCGAGGUCUGCAUGUAAGCCGGCGGGCAGCGCCCUCGGGCCGCGCGGCGCCCGCCCCGGCCAGCCUCCUCCUCUGUGCUCCGCGAAGACUCCGCUCUGUAGCCGCCUUCUCGCUCCGCUCGCGGUCCCUGCCUGUGCUGCCGUCUCCUAGCGCCACUAGAAAUAAAUGUUAUUUUCUAUUAAAAACAACCCUCCUCCUCCAUCAUC